CCCUGGAAUUAGAAUGACAAUUCAAUUUUUGUGUGUCUGACUUUAUUGUGUACUUAUUUCAGAAACUUUUCAUUAAAAUAAAAUAAAGGCUCACUUCUCCUGUAGAUUUAUAAAAUGGCCACGACUCUUGAAGAUAAAUCAAUAUGGGACGACGGCGAAGAGGCGCUCAGCGAGGAAGUUCUUCGUAUGCCAACAGACGAAAUCAUAAGCCGGACUAGGCUACUGGACAAUGAAAUCAAAAUUAUGAAGAGCGAGGUGAUGAGAAUCACGCAUGAGCUCCAGGCGCAAAACGACAAAAUUAAGGAAAAUACGGAGAAAAUCAAAGUUAAUAAGACCCUACCCUACCUCGUAUCCAAUGUCAUCGAAUUGCUUGACGUCGACCCUCAGGAAGAGGAGGAAGAUGGAGCUGUGGUAGACCUAGAUUCACAGAGGAAAGGUAAAUGCGCAGUCAUUAAAACCUCCACGCGUCAAACAUACUUCUUACCAGUCAUCGGCUUGGUUGAUGCUGAUAAGUUGAAACCGGGAGACUUGGUUGGUGUAAAUAAAGAUUCGUAUUUGAUUUUGGAGACACUGCCCGCGGAAUACGACGCUAGAGUCAAAGCUAUGGAGGUUGAUGAGAGGCCAACUGAGCAGUACUCUGAUAUUGGAGGUCUUGAUAAACAAAUACAGGAACUGAUAGAAGCAGUGGUCCUACCAAUGACACACAAAGAGAAGUUUGUUAACCUGGGCAUCCACCCUCCUAAGGGAGUACUAUUGUAUGGACCCCCUGGUACAGGCAAGACUCUGCUGGCCCGAGCCUGUGCUGCUCAGACCAGAUCUACAUUUUUGAAACUGGCUGGCCCACAGUUGGUGCAGAUGUUUAUUGGUGAUGGUGCAAAAUUGGUGAGAGAUGCAUUUGCCCUGGCCAAAGAAAAGGCACCUGCUAUAAUAUUCAUAGAUGAGUUAGAUGCCAUUGGUACCAAGCGUUUCGACUCUGAAAAGGCUGGAGAUCGUGAGGUGCAGCGUACUAUGUUGGAGUUGCUUAAUCAGCUAGAUGGGUUCAGCUCAACAGCUGAUAUUAAGGUAAUAGCAGCUACCAACAGGGUGGAUAUCUUGGACCCUGCCUUGCUUAGGUCAGGUCGUUUAGACAGAAAGAUUGAGUUCCCACACCCCAACGAAGAAGCCAGAGCCAGGAUAAUGCAAAUUCAUUCUAGAAAAAUGAACGUAUCUCCUGACGUCAACUUCGAGGAGCUGUCGCGGUCUACGGACGACUUCAACGGAGCACAAUGCAAGGCUGUUUGUGUUGAGGCCGGUAUGAUUGCUCUACGCCGCUCCGCCACGGCAGUUACUCAUGAAGACUUCAUGGACGCUAUCCUGGAGGUCCAGGCCAAGAAGAAGGCCAACCUCAGCUACUACGCUUAGAUUAAUCUGCUUUUAUUAUCUGUAUAAGUUCAUUUGUAAUAAAAUAUAAUAUUUCAUAAUUAUU